UAUAAGUAGCACUUUGUAAGCAGGUUUGAGGCACACUGCGAAGAAUCAAAGAUGGAGAAACAUGCAGUAGCAUUAGCAGCAUUCACUUUUCUAGCCGCCCCCCUGCUGCAGCUGCUGUUGUUUGUCGCGGGGAACGGCAGCAGCUGCACCACCAGCUGCGGCAACGUGAGCUUCGAGUACCCGUUCGGCGUGGAGGCCGGGUGCUACCACCCGGGGUUCGAUCUCACCUGCAACCACUCGUACAGCCGCCCAGGCUGUUCCUGGGCCAAGAAAGCAGCACCAUGCAUCAGGUGCUCGAGAUCUCCAUCCCCAACGGCACCGUGCGCAUCAACAGCAGCCGCAUGGUGUUUGCGUCUGCCGUUUUAGAGAACAGCACCACCAUGCGGUGGGAGGUGGGUAAAUCCUACUUCCUGUCGGAUUUAAACAUUAUAGCGUUGGUAGGAUGCAACGCCCAGGUCUCCCUCCGCGAUUGGGGCGAUACACUCGUCAACUCCUGCAUCACGUCGUGCCCUCUAUCACUCGACUCCGGUAAUGGCUCCUGCUCAGGAAUUGGCUGCUGUGAGGCAAGCAUUGCUAUGCACAUACCGGUCUACAGCAUUAGCGCCAACCAAGUGGUGGACCCGGGUGCAGGACCUGACCCUAAUGAACCAAAUUUUUUCGUGUACAUAGUAGAUCAGGCGUCGUUUUAUUUCGACACCAACAUGGUUACUAAGGGCAUCAGCAAUACUCCUGAAGCGCUCCCAGCCAUGUUAAACUGGCUUAUACUCAGCAAUUCAUCAGCGUGCUCGGCAUCGACCAAUGCUUCUGCACCUUCGUCUGCCCCCGAAUGUUGCAGCGCCAACAGCUUCUGCAAAGGUUACAACGGUACUACUGCUGACUACGAUGGGUAUCGGUGCUACUGCUCCGAUGGCUAUGAAGGAAAUCCUUAUGUUGAUGGUGGAUGCCGCGAUAUCGAUGAAUGCAAAUCUCCACACAUCUACCCCUGUUACGGCGACUGCAAAAAUACACGAGGAGGGUAUGAUUGCCAGUGCCAUCAUGGAUACAAGGGAAACGCUUCGAUACUGAAUGGAUGUCAAGAUAUUAACGAGUGUGCGGAACCAGAAAAAUACUCAUGCUAUGGUGGACUCUGCAUAAAUACGCCAGGAGCUUUUGUUUGCCGCUGCCACGACGGAAGCUACGGUGAUCCCUUCACAAAAGGAGGGUGCCGUUCAUCUAAAGGUUUGACCAUUGGUCUAAUAGUCAGCGGUGGUUCAGUCCUUCUACUUCUAGGGCUUGCUGCUCCCUUCAUAGUUCGCAAGGUCAAGCUACAAAGGGUAAAGAAAAUGAGGGAUAAAUUCUUUAUGCAAAACCAUGGGUUAUUAUUACAACAGUUAAUAUCACGAAACACAGACUUCGCCGAAAGAAUGAUCAUUACCUUACAAGAGCUUGAGAUUGCUACAAACAAUUUUGACAAAUCUCGUGAGGUUGGUACUGGAGGACAUGGGGUCGUGUAUAAAGGGAUUAUAGAUCUACAUGUUGUGGCCAUCAAGAAAUCAAAGAUUGUUGUGCAAAGAGAAAUAGAUGAAUUCAUAAAUGAAGUCGCAAUUCUUUCCCAAGUGAACCAUAGAAAUGUGGUAAAGCUCCUCGGAUGUUGCCUUGAGACAGAAGUUCCAUUAUUAGUUUAUGAGUUCAUUUCAAAUGGAACCCUUUACCAUCAUCUUCAUGUUGAAGGAUCUAUAUCAUUACCUUGGGAUGAUAGAUUAAGGAUAGCUCUUGAAGUUGCUAGAGCUCUUUCAUAUCUGCAUUCAUCGGCAUCAAUGCCAAUAUUUUAUAGAGAUAUUAAAUCUUCCAAUAUACUUCUUGAUGACAACCUAACAGCAAAGGUAUCCGACUUUAGAGCUUCAAGAUAUAUCUCAAUCAAUGAAACAGGAAUAACUACUGCAGUUCAAGGAACGAUUGGCUACUUGGAUCCUAUGUACUAUUAUACGGGACGACUUACGAGCAAGAGUGAUGUUUUUAGUUUUGGUGUUCUUCUUAUGGAGCUACUUACUCGAAAGAAACCCAUCGGUGGUACAUUUGAUAAUGGCGAUGGUCUUGUUUCACAUGUUAUCUCACUUCUCUCAAAAGGUAAUCUUUAUAAUAUAAUAGAUUCUCAAGUUAAAGAAGAGGAAGAUGGAGAAGUCCUAGAAGUGGCAACACUAGCCACAACAUGUACUAAGUUUAAAGGAGAAGAGCGGCCUACGAUGAGAGAAGUAGAGAUGGCACUGGAAAGCAUAGUUUCAAAGAAAAGCUCCUUCUGUAACAAGAACAGUCAAUCAAGUAGUAGAUCCGAUGAAAAUCGAAUUUUAGCUCUUUACAUGUCGAUCGAAGGAGUUACCAAGGACAAAACAAUUACAAUUACAGAAAGCAGCACGGAAGGGGAAAUACCAUUGUCGUCAAGGUUUUCUCGAUAAUCAUUCUCUGUCCUGAACGAGAACGCCUUGCAAGAAAGCCGGAAACUUAGUUACAUCGAUCCUGUUCUGUUCUAAAUGAUUGCUAAAGUAAUUUUGCUGUAAAACAAUAAUAAUGCAACAGAAAAAUUGUGUCGUAUCAGAACUUUGAAGUACUUGUGGUUUAGUUCAUGUUGAUUAAGCAUCUGAUUCGAUCAGUUUGCUCUAAUGGACUGAAAUUGCAGAGUGCCGUUUGUGUUUUCA